CCUCCCCUCCAGUCUUGCACAGGUGUACCGGCUCCUCCCCUUCAGUCUUGCACAGGUGUACCGGCUCCUCCCCUUCAGUCUUGCACAGGUGUCCAGGCUCCUCCCCUUCAGUCUUGCACAGGUGUACCGGCUCCUCCCCUUCAGUCUUGCACAGGUGUACCGGCUCCUCCCCUUCAGUCUUGCACAGGUGUACAGGCUCCUCCCCUUCAGUCCUGCACAGGUGUACCGGCUCCUCCCCUUCAGUCCUGCACAGGUGUAUCGGCUCCUCCCCUCCAGUCUUGCACAGGUGUACCGGCUCCUCCCCUUCAGUCUUGCACAGGUGUCCCCGGCUCCUCCCCUUCAGUCUUGCACAGGUGUACCGGCUCCUCCCCUUCAGUCUUGCACAGGUGUACCGGCUCCUCCCCUUCAGUCUUGCACAGGUGUACCGGCUCCUCCCCUUCAGUC